AUGAAAUCUGGAUUCCAAAUCCAAUGGGAGAAUAUAAAUGGAACUGUAACAUUUGUGGUAUCUGCUAAUGUUCUGUCAUGGAUAGGAAUUGGUUUGAAAAUUGGACCAGAUCACAAAUUUCAUCAAUCAGCAGGAAUCGAUUAUGUAAUAGCCACCUUUGAUAAAAAUGGAUGCCAAGUAAACGAUAUGUAUCUACAGGGUGGAGAUCUUCUACCAAUAAACGACACAGACAUUCUCAACGGUAGAAACGAUAUUAUCUCAUCGUCGUGUUUCCAAACCGCUGGUUAUUCAACUUUUAUAUUCUCAAGAAAGCUGGAAACUGUUGACUUGGUAGCUGACAAUGAUUUAGUGUUUGGAGCGGAAGGUAGUAAUGAUCUAAUUUGGGUCUAUGGUAAGAAUAAUACAUAUCCAACAGUUGGUUUCGAUUGUGUUCAAGGAUUGGUUCCAAAUUUCGCAGCACCCAAAGUCAUGACCUCGCCAGGACCAAACUACUUUAGUUAUCAUGUUGGGUUUAUGUUUGCUGCAUUCGCUGGACUCUUACCACUUGGAAUCUUUGUAGCCAGAUAUCUUAGGGAUUCACAGAAAUGGUGGUUCCCAGUUCACAUCUUCCUACAGUUGACAGGAAUGAUCUUUACAUUCAUCGGUAUUGCAAUGGCCGUGAAGAUGGUGGGAGGUGUCAGUUUGGAUAACAAUCACGCCAUUCUAGGUACAACCACUCUCUGUCUAUUCUAUAUCUCAAUAGUUUUAGGUGCCACAUCUCAUUUCAAUUGGAAUCCAAAGAGAAAGAGUACACCGAUCUUCCCAGACAUUAUACAUUGGCUAGGCGGACAUCUCACUCUUAUCUUUGGAUUUGUAACGAUCAUUCUUGGAAUGUUACAGGUCAAAGUUGGACAAGGUAUAAUCGUGGUGUUUGGAUUAACAUUUGCAACAAUUGUUGUCGCAUGUUUAAUUAUUGAACUGUAUAAAUGGAAAUUCCAAUCCAAACCCAAAGAAAAUAUAGAAUUGAAGAGAUCAGAAUAUGAAUAA